CAUCCAAGCCCAGCCCAGCCCGCCCCUCCCUUUAACUCUCUGUCGUCUCACUCCACCAGAGACCUUCCGAAUUGCUACUCAGAAUGGCGAACACAGCUUGUUUCAUCAUCGUCAGUAGGAACAAUAUCCCAAUUUAUGAAGCUGAAGUCGGAUCUGCUGUUAAAAGAGAGGAUUCCGCCCAGCUGCAUCAAUUUAUAUUGCAUGCGUCCCUUGACAUUGUCCAAGACCUGGCAUGGACUACUAGUGCCAUGUUCUUGAAAGCAGUCGAUAGGUUCAAUGAUUUGGUGGUGUCUGUCUAUGUAACCGCUGGUCUACAUACGCGAUUGAUGUUACUUCACGACUCUCGCAAUGACGAUGGAAUCAAGAGUUUUUUUCAAGAGGUUCAUGAGCUUUACAUAAAGACUAUACUCAAUCCCCUCUACUUGCCUGGAUCCCGCAUCACGUCUUCACAUUUUGACACAAAAGUUCGCGCACUCGCAAGGAAGUAUCUCUAGUCAUCACCUUCAUUGCAGACCAAAUGUGCUUUCAUGACAAUGCUUCGAAGUUUAUAGUAGCCCUAAGUUUUCUUUUAACUGUACAACAUUUUAAUCUUUGCCAUUUGUGGUCCUGACAUCAAUCAAUUCAGUAGUUAAAUAAUUCUCAAUGUGUAAUAUUGACUUUGGAAUGGCUUGGUUACGAGUUGGAAUUGCACUUCACAGUAAUGCGUUUUGCCCUUUUUACUCA